GUCUACCUCGGUGUUUAACUGUAAAAGCUUACAGUUAAACCCUCAACAAACAAAGCCAACAGUGGGAACUGAGGAAACUUGAACCAACAAACAACUGAGAAAUAAGAGAAGAAGAACCCAUUUCUUUCAUCUGCUCAUGAUUCUUAUCCAACUUUCGAAACAAGCUCAUGGGUUGCUGUAAAUCAUCCUUGUUUAAAAGGAUUCAGUCACAGAGAGAUCAUCAAGGUAGUCACCAACCGCCUUAUCUUGAACCACCUUCAUCGUCAUCGUCUCUUCCUGACCCAGCAACCAAUGGGGCUUCAAAUUUUAUUGAAUUUUCGUUCUUGGACCUCAAAGCCGCCACCAACAACUUCAGUUCUGAUAACAUAGUCUCUGAGAGCGGUGAAAAGGCUCCAAAUAUUGUGUACAAAGGUCGCCUCAACAACCGCCAGUGGAUUGCUGUUAAGAAGUUUACUAAGACUGCUUGGCCUGACCCUCAACAGUUUGUGGAGGAGGCGAGGGGUGUGGGAAAGUUGAGGCACAAAAGGCUGGCAAAUUUGAUGGGCUACUGUUGUGAAGGCGAUGAGCGGCUGCUUGUUGCUGAGUUCAUGCCCAAUGAUACCCUCGCUAAACAUUUGUUUCACUGGGAAAAUCAAACCAUUGAGUGGGCAAUGCGUCUAAGAGUAGCAUACUAUAUUGCUGAGGCCUUAGACUAUUGUAACAUUGAAGGCCUUCCGUUAUAUCAUGAUUUAAAUGCUUAUCGGGUUCUCUUCAAUGAGAAUGGUGAUCCAUGCCUUUCAUGUUUUGGCUUGACGAAGAAUAGUAGGGAUGGGAAAAGCUAUAGCACAAAUCUUGCCUACACACCUCCAGAGUAUCUGAGGAAUGGAAGGGUCACCCCUGAGAGUGUUAUUUACAGCUUUGGCACUGUCCUUCUAGAUCUGCUAAGCGGAAAGCAUAUCCCUCCUAGUCAUGCUCUAGACAUGAUAAGGGGAAAAAACAUCACUCUAUUAAUGGAUUCACAUUUAGAGGGAAAGUUUUCUAUGGAAGAAGCAAAAGUGGUUGUUGACCUUGCCUCCCAAUGUUUGCAAUAUGAACCUAGGGAGCGACCUAGUACAAAGGACCUUGGUGCUACACUUUCUCCUCUGCAAACCAAAGCUGAUGUUCCAUCCUCUCUCAUGCUUCGAAGCACAAAGCAUGAAGAAGCCCCACCAACCCUGCAACACCCUCUUUCACCAAUGGGUGAGGCUUGUUCACGGAUGGACCUCACUGCAAUUCAUCAGAUCUUGGUUACGAUCCACUACAGAGAUGAUGAAGGAACAAAUGAGUUAUCUUUCCAAGAGUGGACACAACAAAUGAGAGACAUGCUAGAGGCUAGGAAGCAUGGGGACCAUGCAUUUCGUGAUAAAGAUUUUAAAACUGCCAUUGACUUUUACUCUCAGUUUAUAGAAGGAACCAUGGUCUCCCCAACGGUUUAUGCACGGCGUAGUCUGUGCUAUCUCUUUUCUGAUCAACCAGAUACUGCCCUUUUAGAUGCAAUGCAAGCACAGUGUGUUUAUCCAGAUUGGCCAACAGCCUUUUACAUGCAGUCGGUUGCACUUGCCAAGUUGAACAUGCAUACAGAUGCCACUGACAUGUUGAACGAAGGAGCUGCGUUGGAGGAAAAGAAACAGCGGGGAAAGGCACCAUAGGAAUGGUAACUGUGAUAAGUCAAUAUACCAUUACCCACAAUGUUGAGGCUAUUGCAAAGUUUGUAUAAAAUUUGAGUUGGAAACCAUAACUUUCCUGUCAGCUAAAUUGACAUGCAGAGAUACUUGUAGGGCAUGUGACUUUUCUUUUUUCCAGGGAUGAUUUUAAUAGGCUUUUAGAUGUGCAUAUAAACAAACUGAGUUGAGAACAACAAAUAAUCAAAGAUCAAUUGAUUAUCUGCUGUAGGCUUUUAAUGCGCAUAUCCUUGCUGUUGAUGGCUCAAAAUAACUUGUAGAUCAAUUGAUCUAGUCUGUGGGAGUAUAUUGCAAUCUGUUGAUCAACUUGGUUUCUUAUACAUAUUAUUAUAGCAUGUCUUUUCUGUGGCUUGGUGGUUGACCA